AUGCGAGAUCUGGGAUAUCAUAUUGCACUGAAUGUGAAGAACUUGAAGUUUAGAUUCUCAGUUCUAAAUGAUCCUAGAAGAAACAAGCCUCAAACAGUGCUGUUAAGAAUUUUAACAAAUUAUUUCUAUGCAGUUAUGGUUGUGAAAGAUUUCAAUCUAUAUUGGCCUGAAAAUGUGCUUACUCUAUUAGAGGCAUUUUCCUUUUUAAGCAGCUAAAAUGAGAAAUACGAGGAUGGUAAUUCUUAUUUGAAGAGAGAUAUGGAAAUUUAAUGCUGGGAUCAAUCUCACACAUUGAUGGUAUUAGCAGUAGGAAUACCAAAUUUUAUAAUAUGGGUUGUAGGGUUUCCAAUUUACAUUUUUAUUAAACUUUAUAAAAAGAGAAAAGUUUUAGACGUCAGAGAUACGAUAAGUAGAUUUGGCUUGUUUUAUAUUGUAGUUGUUAAUAUCAGAAAAAUUAUUUUCAUUAUGACUGGUUCAAUUCUUUCAUCUUUGAAUUCAUAAAUGAAGGCUUUGCUUGGAAUCAUAAUGCUAACACUUUAUGGGGGAUUGUUUUUUACUGACCCAGACAUUUAAAAAAAUGACAAGUAUUUAUUGUUGCUUUUUCUUGCCAUUCUUUUCUAUAAUUUGUACUUUUAUAUGCUUUGGCUAUACAGAUUCAUUGAAGUGUUGCUCAGAAUUCAUCAAAAUAAACUUAGGUAGUACAUUUGUUUUAGAUUUCUUUAAAAAAAGAAAAUAGACACAUAUGAUCAAACAUUAAAGACAAACUAAGCUUAAUUUUAACUUAAAAGAAUGUACAAUAGAAAAUCAAUCAGAAAUGCGAUUCUAAUUCAAAAGCACAUGAGAAAGCUCAUGAAAUAAUCUUCUUUGAAAGUAACGUUAUCUGAUGUGGACGCUGAUGAAUUAGAUGAGGUUUUUAAAAGAUAAGGGAAAUUUCUAGGAAUAAAUUCAAACUCCUAGUUUUAAAAGAAUAACACUAACUUAGAUUAAAAAAGCCAAGAAUCAUAAGACAUUAUCAAUAGGAAGAUUUCAUCUAAGAAUUUAACUUAAAAUAUUAACAGACUCAAGCCAAAUAAACCAAUUCUUAAGAAAUCAAAUGAGACACUUCAAAACAAUAGUUAUGGCAACACACUAAAUCUUAAAUUCGUAAAGAGAAACGAGUUGAAUAUUAAAUUCUCCUAAUUGGAUUCAUAAUCUACAUUUAGAGAUGGUUAGGGAGAGAGUUCAAUGUCUAUUAAUCUGAAUAAUGACUUUGAUUAGAUUUAUAAUGAUAAUGAAAUCGGCUAUAAAAAGAAAAAGUACAAUUACAAAAAAUAUAGUAUUUAGGCGGCAUUAAAGUAUUAGGAGAAAAAUUCCUGUAUAUCUAUUCAAGUUGAAGAACCUAUAAGAAAAAAAUUGGAAAAACCAUAAUGGAUAUGUGAAAUAGAAUAAUUAGAUAUUCUACUUGAUAAUGAUAAUCAACAAUAAGAUCAAAGCAAUAAACAUAGUAGCUUUUUCAAUUAUUCGAGACUUAGCAAUUUUAAUUAAGAAGCAGAAUAAAACUAAAAUAGCAAUGAUUUAGAAAUUUCUGAUAAUAAAGAGAAAUUCAGCUAGAAUACGAGAGACGAAUAACUAAGUGCAGAGUAUUGA